AUGUGACCACCACAGUUUCCUAUCAUUUACUCAUCUUCUUACAUUAAUUAGCCUCAUUAAUACACACCACUUCCAACACAAUAAACAAAACAUAACACAACGUGCAUCAACCCUAAAACCCAGCACUACUUACGUUCUACAUAUUCUACUCUUCCAUAUUAUUAUUAUUCUUAUUUAAUAUAACUAAAGUUUAGUCUUCUUUUUCUGUUUUUGGAGCUAUUAACUGAAACCUCUGUUUUCUGAUAUGGAGAACAACAACAACACAAUGUCGGUGCUAGCCAAGACUGACUCGGAAGUGAGCAGCCUAACUCAGUCAUCACCCUCCCGAUCACCCAGUCGAGGUAGCAGACCAGUCUACUACGUUCAAAGCCCAUCUCGUGACUCUUCCCACGAUGGUGAAAAGACCACAAACUCGUUUAACUCGAGCCCAGUACUGAGUCCAGGUGGAUCGCCUCCUCACUCUCACUCCAACUCCUCACUCGGUCCACACUCCAGGGAGUCAUCUUCCACUCGCUUCUCUGGCUCAAGAAAACAAAGCGGCGGCGGCGGCGGCUCGAACCGGAAAGGGUCGAGCUGGAAGCCGUGGAAGGACCAGUUUGAUUCGAUCGAAGAAGAAGGGCUUCUUGAUGAUGAUGCUAACUCUCGUGGUCUGUCUCGUCGUUCUUACUUCAUGGCUUUCACUGUUGGGUUUUUAGUACUCUUCUCUGUUUUUUCCUUGAUUCUUUGGGGUGCUAGUCGGCCUCAGAGACCUACCAUUAUUAUGAAGAGCAUUUUGUUCGAUCAAUUUGUGAUCCAAGCGGGAACAGACCACUCAGGAGUGGCAACUGAAUUAGUGUCCAUGAAUUCGACAGUGAAGCUCACAUUUCGUAACACAGCUACAUUUUUUGGGGUCCAUGUCACCUCAUCACCUCUAGAUCUCUCCUAUUCUCAACUCACAGUUGCCACUGGAACUAUAAGAAAGUUUUACCAGUCAAGAAAAAGUCAAAGAUCGAUUAAGGUAACAAUGAAAGGGAGUGGCAUUCCAUUGUAUGGAGGAGGAGCCAGCUUGAUGAGCAUGAACGGAGUACCGCUUCAACCGGUGCCACUCACACUUAAUUUCAUGGUUCGUUCAAGAGCUUAUGUGUUAGGAAGAUUGGUCAAGCCCAAAUUCUAUAAGAGGAUUCAGUGUUCGGUGGUUAUGAUUCCCAAGAAAAUGAACUCACCUUUGACUCUCAAAAACAAGUGCAUUUACCAUUAAUAGUGAUUCCAUUCUAGAGUUAUUAUAUAUAUGUGUGUAUGGUGAGUUAUUUUCUCUUUUGUCAUGGAUUCAAAUUUUCAGGUUUUGUACAUCGAGACUCUCUCUCUCUCAUAAUGGGCGUUUGUUUUUUACUAUACAAAAA